UUAAACAGACACGGGGAUGCAGGGGUGUGUGUUUGACAGCCCGAGGCCAGCAGGAAAUAUGCAGCCCAGACCACGGCAAAAGUAGAUUACCUGAGUGAAAGACAGAGAAGAGUGUGGGGCAAAAGAAGAGAAAGAGGAGUACGAUCUCGGUAAUGAGGAGGUUUUUCAGGGCACACAGAGAUGAGGACUUCAGCCAGAUCCAGUACCUCACAGCCAAGUGUAAUCGCCUGGUGCACGAGAACGCAGCUCUGGAGAGAGAGUGUGUGGUCUCCAGAGAGAGGCAGCGAACUCUGCAGGCUGAGCUGGAGUCCUGCUCCCUGCAGCUCUGUCAGAAGGAACACACAUGUCAGGACCUGCAUCUCAAACACGAGCAGCUGCUUGAUGCCCUCGCGCACCAGCGGGGGUUGGUACAGUUCCUACAGCAGCGGCUUGUCUUCCUGACCGAGGAGAGCUCCACGGAGGUGUCUCUGUUGACGUUCCAGCUGGAGCAGGUUAGCUCUGACCUGCAGAAACUCCAGACCUCAGAAACACAGCUGCAGGGCCUGGUGGAAGAGCUGCACCAGGAGGCCCAUCGCACAGACAAGAAGGCAGGAGGUCUGCAGACAGAGCUCCGUGUGGAGGCCCAGCUCAAGGCCGAGCAAGUGGAAGAUCUGGAAAGUCAGCUGACCAGCAAGUCACGUGAACUGCAAGAGCUGCAGAAAGCCCAUGCGUCCUUGAUGGGGGAGCUGAGAGAGCAGGACAGCGCCCACCAGAGGACCGUGGAGAGACUGCAACAGGAGAACGCAGGAAGCCUGCAUAAGCUGAAGGAAAUGGCUGAGCAGUUCGAGUGGCUCUGUGAACAGCAGCGGCACUGGAUGUGCUGCGUCAAGAGAUUUAAGGACUGUCUGUCUGAUGAGAAGGAGGCUCUGCUUCUUCAGGUGAACAGGUUACAGGUAGAGCUAGCAGGACUCCAGAAGAACUCCAGCUCUAAGACUGUUAAAGAAGACAGCACUCCCCAACACUGCGACAGUUGGGAGGUGGAUGCGAUGGUGGAUCUGCAGAUGGAGGCGGACAGGUGGAGACAACACUACGAGGAGCUCUUUAACAAUCACACCUCACAGCCGGGGCAGUCGUGUGAGGAUACAGACCUAAAACCACCAUGAAGCCUGAAGACAGAUGUUCUGCACUUCUGCGUCUCUGUUUCCAGUCCCCAGUUCAUCUCUGUAGGCUGCUCCUAAAUGUAGGCUUCAUCAUCCAUACAGCAGCACAGCAGAAAACCCAAAACUACUGACCCCAGACCUCAAAAGAUUCACUUCAGCCCCAAAUAUCUGACCCCUGACCCCAAUAUUUACCCUAAAUUGCUGACUACCUAAUCUCAAAAUAUUCACCUCAACCCCAAAAUGCUGCUCCUCCUACAUCCCCAAACUACUAAUCUAAACUCUGAAAAUGUGACUCAACACUACCACCUCCUGGUAUAGUCCAGCAAGAAAAGAUCACCAGAAAAGAUACUUAUGUUCCGCAUUGUUGACGUAUUAUUCAUAGUACCAGAUUAUAAAUAAACUAAAACUCCACUGAAAAUAAAAUGAUGUCCACUGAAAUAAAGAUAGCUGUGCAUAUUUCAGAAUUCAGUUUACAUGUUUAAAUGUAAAAGCUAUUAGAAGGUAAAAAUGUGUUCGUUUUUUC